GCUUCAGCGUGUGCUGUUUUCUCCGUGUUCUUGCUACUAUGUCCUCUGAAGACGAGCCAACUUUCGAGCAAGCCGACGCCGGUGCCUCCCAUACCGCCCCUCAACAGGCCGGUACCCUCCGUAAGGGCGGCUUCGUCAUGCUCAAGGGUAAGCCCUGCAAGAUUGUGGACAUUUCCACAUCCAAGACCGGGAAGCACGGACACGCCAAGGCUAACAUCACGGGUCUUGACAUCUUCACUGGUAGGAAGUACGAAGAUAUCUGCCCUACUUCCCAUAAUAUGGAGGUCCCUAACGUCGUUCGCGCUGAGUAUCAGUUGUUGAACGUCGAGGAGUCCGGUGCUGUGUCUCUUCUUACUGAUGAUGGUACCACUAAGGACGAUCUCGACCUUCCUACGAGCGAGAAUGUUGUUGACGAAGUUGGUCAGCAGAUUCAGGAUGACUUCAACGAGGGCAAGACCGUUAUUGUCACCGUCAUCGAGGCCUGUGGUCAAGAAAAGAUCAUCUCGGCUAAGACCGUCGAGUAACUCGAACUAAGAUUAAUGGUGUUUGUGUAAUGGUUAAAAGCUGCUUCUGCUAGAGCAGUCGUAUUGGCAUACCCAUGGUAUUCUGUCAGCGCCUCUAUUCAACCUUGUUGUUACUUAUUCUACUCUUCACUCUUACUUGUACAGUGGAUUAUUAUCAUUGUAAGGGGGGUGAAUCCAUCGCCGCCAUAUUUGGAGGCAGUGGAGUUAUCCAGUAUUGAUGGCCAUCAUUGCAUAACAGUGAAGAGCAGUAAUUGUUGGUGCAUUUACAACGGAGCACUUAUCGGUAUCGUCUCUCAUAACCUUUCUAACCGCACGAUUCAGCACA